CUCUAAUUUCAUUAAAUAGACGACUUAUAUGAUUCUAUCCAUCCGCAAAAGAAAAGCAACGUUCCCCAUUCUCUCUCCCGGCUCCGUUGUCGUAAACCCUAGCCUAGACCCCUGGGUCCACGAUCUGGACCCUUCGAUCACUAGCCGACGGCCGAUAUGACGCCGUCGUCCCCCGCAGGUAAACACAUCGCCGUAAGGUAUUCCUCUCGAGAAACCCCUCACCUCUUCCUUAAUCCGUGAAUAUCUCUAUCCCGUGUUGUGAAUAAUAGUAGUGUAUAGAGGAUUAGGGUUAGGGUUAGGGUUAGGGUUUAGAUGAAGGAGAGGUCGUAGAGAUAGGUGGGAGGCGAGAUCGGGAGGAGAUGAACCUCACGGCGGUGGGGGAAGUCGAGGAGGAAUCACCGCCGGCGGCAUCGGCGGAGAUCCAGCUUCCUGCAGAGAUCGAUUGGGAGAUGCUUGACAAGUGGCGAUUCUUUGUUUUAGGAGCCGCCCUUUUCUCUGGUGUCUCUUUCGUUUUGUACCCCGCGGUCGUUCUCAAGACCCGGCUGCAGUGCUCUUCUCAGCCGCUCUCCUGCCGACACGCCGCCAUGGCGAUCCUCCACCAUGAUGGCCCACGUGGAUUUUACCGCGGUUUUGCUACAUCCCUCACAGGGACCAUCCCUGCUCGUGCUCUUUACAUGACUGCGCUCGAGGUCACAAAGAGUGCUGUUGGUGCUGCAGCAUCCCGCCUUGGUGUCGCUGAGCCGGCAGCAGCUGCGGCCGCUAGCGCUGCAGCGGGUCUCAGUGCAGCCAUGGCCUCGCAAAUCGUGUGGACGCCAAUUGACGUAAUCAGCCAACGUCUCAUGGUACAGGGUUCACAAAACCCUAGCCCGACGAAGUACCUUGGUGGUAUAGAUGCAUUCUGGAAGAUCUUGAGAUCGGAUGGACUUCGUGGUCUAUACCGAGGCUUUGGGAUGUCAAUCUUGACGUACGCCCCUUCCAAUGCAGUCUGGUGGGCUUCAUAUUCGGUGUCUCAGAGGAUUAUAUGGGGAGGCAUUGGAUAUUAUUUAUGCCGGCGAGGUGACUGUGACAGCUCACCGGAGGAAGGGGGUACUGCUGGGCUCCGGCCAGACUACAAGAUGGUGGCAGUUGUGCAAGGUGUUAGUGCAGCAAUGGCGGGCGGUGCGUCAUGCUUGGUAACAAUGCCUCUGGACACAAUAAAAACGAGAAUGCAGGUGAUGGAUGAUGAUAGCAGUGGAGGAAGGAGUAGCAAUAAGAGAUCUUCAGCUAUAACCAUUGGCAGGACCAUGAGAAAUUUAUUAAAAGAAGGGGGUUGGGGUGCUUGUUAUCGUGGACUCGGACCCCGCUGGGCAUCAAUGUCAAUGUCUGCAACCACAAUGAUUACCACCUAUGAGUUCUUGAAGCGUCUCUCGGCCAAGAACCAGGACAGCACCUCUGUUUGAGGUAUGAAUGUCAACAAUGUGAGCCUUGUGUUUCAUAAUCCUUGUUCUUCUUUUACUGUUGCUGCUGCUAUUGUUAGUAUGUUUUAUGCAUGUGUUUUUAGUUUUCUGUGUAACUUGUUGGCUGGAAUGAGGAAGAGUUUGUCCCUCUGGAGCAUGCAUUGCACUUCUUUUUCCUGUGAAGAUGGUGUUGCUCCAACUUGUAUAACCAGAUCAAAAUCUAAUCUGUGUUCGCCUGUCGCCAAUGCCUCAGUUUGGCUAAAGAACCACUUGCUCUAGUGAUAAGUAGAAAUUUCAUGGGUAGGAGACAUUGAUGUGAAUUAGAACAUUAGAACAAGCAAUGUGGUUCCUUGACUUGUAUAUAUUUUGGAUUUAUUCCCUUUGAAAUUGAAUUUGUUUGUUGUUUA